GCCGUAGUACCCGCGAGCAUAUGCGGCUUCGGUCAUACUACGUCUUGCUGGAUUAUGCAUGGAGGAAGAGGAAGGUCGCCUCCGCUUGGCACGCCCUGGUGCUUCCCACCUGGAAGACCUGAGCCUCGGCAUUUCCCGACAUCGGCCCUGUCGUCUUGAGAUAGACACACAUAUCCCCCGGCCACGGUGUGAACAGCACUAUGUCUUCUAAAACGUCUUCAUGGAUGUCUCGAAUGCCGAGAAAGUCACCUCAACUUCGACAUCCCAAAUUCUUGACUGGACGAAUGCCAGCGACCCAGACAACCCACGCAACUUUCCACCAUGGAGACGGUACUACUCCAUAAGCGCAGUCACACUGUUGGCUUUUGUUACGACGUUCGCCGCCUCGAUAUACAGUCCUGGCAGCUCCGAGGUUGCAGCACAGUUCGGUGUCUCCCCUGAAGUGGCCAUCCUACCGCUCGCCAUCUAUAAUCUUGGACUGUCCUGUGGACCUGUCAUAGGUGCUCCUUUGAGCGAGACGCUAGGACGCAAGGCCGUUAUACUGACGACUACCCCAAUCUUCGCGCUGUUCACACUCGGGUCUGGUUUCUCAGACAGUGUCGCAGCCCUUGUGGUAUGCAGAUUCCUCGCUGGGGUCUUCGCAGCUCCCGCAGUUAGCAACGCCUCAGCCACUUUAACGGACUACACAACUGGCCGUGAUCGAGCUGUUGCGUUUGCCUUUUACUAUGCGACUCCGACUUUCGGGGCGAUGCUAGGACCGCUGGUUGGUGGCUUUGUCGUUCAAACAAAAGGCUGGCGAUGGACAUCAUGGACUACCAUCCUUGCCAUCAUAGCUUUCUACGUGCCGAUACUUUUCACGAGAGAGUCUUACAAGAAAACGAUACUGCAGCGACGCGCGAGGAAGCUGAAUGUGGAGGGCCCACCAGCUGUCAAGCGCUCACUAAGCGGCAAUAUACACUACUUCGCAACGACGUUGCUCUUCCGACCUAUCCACAUGCUUCUGACGGAACCCAUUGUCACGCUUGUAUGCAUGUAUAAUGGCUUCCUGUUCGGUCUCAUGUACGCCUACGUGGUCGCAUCGCCGUGGGUAUAUGAGCAUUAUUACGGCUUCGACGUUACCGGCCAGAGUUUAUCAUUUCUCGGCUUGAUCACGGGGACCGCAAUAGCCCCAGUUCCGCUGAUAGUGAUGGAUUGGUUCUGGUACCAACCUAGACUCAGACACUUUCGUGAAGUCAAGUCGGAUGAAGAACGCUUUCCACCAGAAUACCGUCUCUUCCCAGCACUCGUGGCAUCUUUCAUGCUGCCGGCAUGCUUGUUUAUCUUCGCAUGGACUGCACGACCUUCCAUCCACUACAUAAUUCCGAUCGUCUUCCAAGGCCUAGCAAACCUAGCAAGUUUGCUGAUCUACGCAUCGGCAAACCUUUUUAUGAUGGAUGCAUACGGACCCGCAUUUGGAGCCUCCGCAGCUGGGGCAGCAAUGCUGACACGAUACGCCUUCUCUACGGCCUUCCCGCUAUUCAGUCUCCGCAUGUACAAAGCGUUGGGUGUGGGAUGGGCCACAAGCCUAUUGGCAUUCUUAACACUGGCAAUGGCACCGAUUCCAUGGCUGUUUUGGAGAUGUGGAGAUAGGCUUCGGCAGCGUUCCAAGUACGAGACCGGUGCUUAGUAUGUCUACGUCUGAGCUCGGGGCGGAGCUGCUGCUCAUUUGCCUCGGCGAGAUAAUGCGUAGCAGGGCAAGAACCACAAUCUAAACUUCCAAGCGGUGGAGGCCAGCUUGGGAUGUCGGAAAGAGCGACUGCCGCCGUAAGACCGCCAGCCAAGGCGCACCUGCCCGCUGCUUACGCUACCUUGAGCGCUUGAUAAUUGCCCGGAAAUCCCAGCCGUGCAUGCUGCUGCAUACGCUACCCUGC